ACCGACUAAUCAUAGAGGAGCAACUCUUCAUUCCAUUCCUCGUUUAUUUUGGCACGACUGAUUGUUUAUUUUAUCGUUAUCAAUAGCGUUAUCAACGUAACGUGCUUAUUAGAUAUUAGCAACAUCAAAAAAAUAUUAGAUUUGUAUAAUUAGGUAGAACAUUUACUUUACUAAAGAGAAUGUCAGAAGUUUACGGUAUCAAUUACGACGAGGAGCACCCAAGAAAUCUUAUACCAAAAUUAUGCAGGCAGUUCUAUCAACUCGGAUGGGUGACUGGUACAGGUGGUGGUAUAUCUAUAAAACAUGAGGAUAAAAUUUAUAUAGCUCCUUCUGGUGUACAAAAAGAACGUAUGUUGCCCAAUGAUAUGUUUGUCCAAGAUAUAAAUGGAACAGAUCUAGAACUACCACCACCAGAAAAGAAACUGAAAAAGUCACAAUGCACUCCACUAUUUAUGUGUGCUUAUUUAAGAAGAAAUGCAGGUGCUGUGAUACAUACACAUUCUAAAUAUGCUGUGAUGGCGACUCUAUUGUGGCUUGGAAAAGAAGUCAGGCUAACCCACCUUGAGAUGAUAAAAGGAAUAUGGAAUCAGAAAGAGGGUAGACCAUAUCGCUAUGAUGAGGAAUUGGUAAUUCCCAUUAUAGAAAAUACACCUUUUGAGAGAGAUUUGAGGGAUAACUUAGAUGAGAUUAUUGUUCGUUAUCCUAAAACUUGUGCGGUGUUGGUACGCAGACAUGGAAUUUAUGUGUGGGGUGAUUCUUGGCAACAGGCAAAAACUAUGACUGAAUGUUACGACUACUUGCUGGACAUUGCAGUUCAGAUGAAACAAUGUGGACUAGAUCCAUUACUAACUCCAAGUAAUCAUGAAUUAAAAUACCAGGCGAAUAGUAUAUCAGAAUAGUCAACGAUUUUAGUACAAAACUAAUUUUUCCGGAUAAUCUGUGCCAUAAAUAUAUGUAUAUCUAAGCUAUAUACAUAUAUACUAGAGAU